CUCAACUCGUGACAUCUGGCCUCGAAGCGCACGUCUGGAAGAAAAAAACAACAAACAAGAACAAGCCAUGCCCGCACGUUGAGAAAGCUCCGCGGGCUUCUGGCAUUUCGUCCGUUGCGCUCUCUUCCCACCCAGCCCCAUCCAUACGGAUAGGCUAUAGCCAUGCCUUCGUCCCAGUCUGCCGGGGCGCCGCUCAUGGCAGACCGGCAGGACCGGGAUCACGGCAAGGACCCUGGCCGCAACGCCGGCGACGAUUCUGCCGCUCUCCUCCAACAGGAGGACUACUACGCCGACGCCGCCGAUGACGGUGAUAUCGCCGCCGAGCUGGACCUUGUCGGUCUGCCGAAGCCGGGUCAGCCCUCUGCGCGGGCCGGGGUUUUCGUGUGGUUGCUCACCAUGGCUGCAUGCAUCAGCGGCCUGCUUUUCGGAUACGACACAGGAGUCAUCUCGGCCGCCCUCGUUUCCAUCGGCACGUCCCUCUCCGACCGCGAGCUCACGUCAUUCGACAAAUCCAUCAUCACGUCCAGCACAGCCCUCUUCGCCCUCAUCGUAUCACCCUUCUCCUCCAUCGUCGCCGACGCUCUCGGCCGCCGCCGCGUCCUCCUCCUGGCCGACUUCCUCUUCAUCAUAGGUGCCCUGCUCCAGUCAUCCGCCCACACAGUCACAUCCAUGGUCCUCGGCCGUGCCGUCAUCGGCGCCGCCGUGGGGGCCGCCAGUUUCGUCGUGCCGCUCUACCUAGCCGAACUGGCGCCGGCCUCGCACCGCGGCCGGCUCGUGACGAUGAACGUCCUCUCCAUCACCCUGGGCCAGGUGGUCGCCUACGUCGUCGGCUGGGCCCUCUCCGUGUGGGGCGACCGCGUCUCGGCGUGGCGCUACAUGGUCGGCCUCGGGGCGCUGCCGGCGGCCCUGCAGCUCUCGGUGGUCAUGUACAUGCCCGAGACGCCGCGGUGGCUGGUCAUGGUGGGCCGGUCGGCCAUGGCGAAGAGGGUGGUCGCGCAGGUGGCGGGCGGCAGCAACGGAGGGGCGGCGAUGGCGGCGACGGCGGCGGCGGUGGUGCGGGAGAUUGAGGACGAGAUCCGCGGGGAGCGCGAGGCCAUGCGCCGCGAGGGUUCGCCGCGGCUCGAGUGGUGGGGUGGUUGGCGGGAGUUGGUGGCGGUCCAGCGGAACCGGCGCGCGCUCACUAUCGCCUGCCUGCUGCAAGGCUUGCAGCAGCUGUGCGGGUUCAAUUCGCUGAUGUACUUUUCGGCCACCAUCUUCUCGCUCGUCGGGUUCCGCACGCCGACCAUGACGGCCAUGACGGUGGCGGUGACCAAUUUCCUCUUUACCGUGGUGGCGCUUUUCCUCAUCGACCGCAUCGGCCGGCGGCGCAUCUUGCUCUACUCGUUGCCCUUUAUGAUCGGCGGCUUGGUGCUCUCUGCGUACGGCUUUUCCUUUAUCGAUCUGGGGGUGCCCGAGGCACCAUCCACUACUACGGCUGGAGACUCUGGGGUCGGUGUGCCAGGAUCAGGGCCAGGGCCAGGGCCAGGGCCAGGGCCAGAGCCAGACACAGGAGAAGGAGGCGCAGGGGCGGGAGCAGAGGGACCCGAGGGGGCGGCAUUCAUCAUCCUGGUCAGCAUCAUGGUGUACGUGGCUUCGUACGCGCUGGGGCUGGGCAACGUGCCGUGGAUGCAGAGCGAGUUAUUCCCGCUGGCUGUGCGGUCCAUCGGCAGCGGGGUGGCCACGGCGACGAACUGGGGUGCCAAUUUCAUUGUCGGAUUGACGUUCCUUCCCUUGAUGGAGCUUCUGAGCCCGUCGUUGACUUUCAUGUUGUACGCGGCCAUCUGCGUGGUAGGAUACGUCCUCGUGUGGCAGAUUUACCCGGAGACGGCGGGGCUGAGUCUGGAGGAGGCGACGAUGCUCUUGGAGAAUGGAUGGGGGUUCGACCGACGAACGGAUUCCCCUUGAAUGAUGAUGUGAAUGGGCAGACAUGGGAAGGGAAAGGGAUGAGGACGGCGUAUAGACACGGAAUAGGCAUAUGAGCGGCGGCUGGACUCUAGGUCGCCUGUUCUGGUAUCUUUUUUUCUUUUUUCUUAGUUAUCAUGAUUUGAUGAUUUUCCUGGUACAUUUUUAUCCAUGAAAGCACUCUAUACAUGUAUCCCCCAAUCUAACCCUGUUGUUUUGUGAAGGGAAGAC